GCUCAGACUCAGAGUCGAUGUCGAUGUCGAAAGCGAAAACACAGAAAAAAAAUGUUGUUGCUUUUGUUAUUAUGAGGGAGAGGGACGGUCACAGCACUGGUAAUUCAUCUGUUGAAGUGGUGAUUUUUUUGCACCAGUACUACCUAGCGCCGGCAUUGAGGGUUUACGUUUUGAGAAGGUGCUCGUCCCUUGAUGUGUGGACCCCUUUUGUUUCCGCCCUGGUAGUUUAAUUAUGUCAUGUUAUUCUUUAGUUAAUGUUCUUGGCCCAGCUGAAGACUGGGCUUCGCUCACCUCCUUCUAUCCCCUCUGCCAUCAAAGCAGCUGAAUGCUCGGCUGCAAGCGACGGCGAACGAACAGCAGCAGCCCCCUACAAGAUCAGGUCGAUGCAGGAAGCAAUAGAGGCUCCUCCGGCGACAGUGCGCUGAAUAACAGGAGCUGCACAAGUGUAGUUGAUCACUCUCAAGAAAAAAGAACCAAAAGGGCUCCGGGCGAAAACGAUAAGGGAGGCAAGAGCAUCAAGACCAUUUACCGGAACAAGAAAGCCCAGAGCUGUAGUUGUGAUCCGGCUGAUGGUUCGAUUGGUAAUUUGGAGAAAAAGCCAGCAGGAGCAGGAGGUCAGCACCCACACCGAAAAGCACCAUCGAAGGGAGAGCCAGUACCAGCUCCAGAGUCCCCGGAAGCAGGAGAUAUCAACGACCAAAAGAAGAACAUCAAUAACAGCGGCCGCCCUCGCUCAAAAAGCACAGGCGCAGCUGCAGCGAGCAGCAAGAAAUCGGCGGCGCACAAGUCCUCUGCUGGUGACAAACAAGAGGAAGCAAAUAAAACGUGUUCGCCUGUGAGAGCAGGUCGCCGACAAUCGUCUUCAAAAAUGGAGCCCCAUUCCAGUCCGCAGCAGCUCACCCGCCCCCUUGUGCAGCCCAUCCCCUCCCCCGUGAGCUCUAACGCGGCGCCGAAACCACAGGACAAUUCCCAACUUCCUCCCGCGGGGCUGAGUUCCAAUUAUGCGAACAAAAACGAAUCCAAGUUGCUUAGCAGGCCAAAAACCGUGGAUCAGCUGUUGAUAGAGAAGCUGUUAGCUGAAGACAGUCAGGAACAGCAGCAAAACCUAAAUCUCCGGGCGAUCAACGAAGACGAGGAACUGCAGCAAAUGCUGGAAUAUCCAGUGCAAAAGUAUCGCAUUCGUAGCAAGUAAUUGCAGUUGUGCAUCGCAAAUCUCUUUGUCAAGGUCAAUCAGCAUUACAAAUUUGAUUUGUAAUGCUGGGCGAAUUUGUAAUGCAAUUUGAAUUUUUACUAGUACGCUACUUUUGCCUUGCAUAUUGAGCUGUCGAAAAAAGAAUUCUACGACCGGGAGUUCCGGAUGGGCGCCUCACACGACAUCUUGGUUGCGCGGGUUUUGUCCUACGGGUUAUGCAAUACAAAUUUCCCGCCGUACAUGUACAAUACGCAUGACAAACUUCGCUAAUUUUGAGUGUCAAACUUGUCAUGCAGAUUAAGAUUGAAGGCAAGUUUUGUCAUGCAGAGACAGCAUUUGAUGUACGUGCACAGGAAAUUUACUGUGGAUGCGGGCUGAAGGAGAGACACGUGAAGGGGGACGGAUCGUGCCAGUUCCGGGCUAUGGAUUGCAAAAGCAUCGUAAUAGUAUGAAUUGCAUUACAAAUUUCCUCAGCAUUAGACAUGGAAUCUUCUGUAAUGCAGAUUUACCACGAUAAAAAAGAUUUGUAAUGCGUAGCUGCAAUUAGAAGUACGAGCGCGACACUUUUGCACAGGAUCCGGGCCCUGUCAGACCAACUUUACGGCACCGAGGAGCACCACCAGAAUGUGCGGAGGAAGGUGAUUAUCAAAUGCAAAAGUGUCUGGGUCUGGAACAGUGAAAGAUUUGCCAUGCAGGUUUUCCAUGACCCAUGAGGUCUGUAAUGCAGGGUCUAGCGUCACAGAUUUUGAGAGGGCUUCCUGAUGCCUGUUCCGCAUGAGAAAUGCCCUCUCGCCGUGGCAAAAACUGGACUCCUUUUGCUGGUCAUGCAUUACGAGAUUUUUUUCGAAUCCGAAGACAGCAUCACAAGUUUCAACCUUCCAGACCCAGACAUUUCUACAUUUGAUAGUGAUAGAAAAACUGGAGCAGGAAGCAGACCACUACAAAAAUUUUGUGCUGUCCAAAACGGAAAUUGAGUCAAAGGAACAGGCUGACGAAGCUUUCAACCUGUAUCUGGUCUCCAUGUCCGAAGAGUCCACUUGGGGUGCUAUCGUACGUGCAUGCAUUGCCAGCGCCAUGAGCAUUAGUUUGUAGUGCGCGAGGACGUCGUAGAAGUCGUUAGUACAACGGGCAGAAAUGAGAUCAAGAUGAAAGUUGCUUGUUUUACUUUACGAUUUUUACGUGCUAGUGUCCGCUUUCGCAUUACAAACUGCGUGCCUGCUUCGUGAAGCUGGCAAUGUUAAAUCGCAUAACAGAUCACGUGACGCUCCAAGCGGCUGCAGAUGUUUACAACUGUGAGAUAAAGCUGAUCACGAGCUACGAUGACGAUGCGAUCUUGUCCAUUUUGCCCCUGCAGAAUAAGAACGCUUCUUCCGCAUUUGGUGCAGCUACGAGGAAAAAAAGCGGAGCGAAUAGAGCCCUUUGGCUCGCGUUUUGGGCCGAGGUUCACUACAAUUCGGUAGAGGAAGACUACGUGGCGGUUGCUUAGAUAAUUGCACCAGAGCAGAAGUAGAAUGAAAAAUUGUAC